CAGUCGGAUUGGGAUUAACAUUGUACUGUCCACACACACACACACAUACAUGCAUAUGUGCUGAGACAAUUCAGGACGAACUGGGUGACUUAUUUUUUUUAAGCAUUAUCAGCCCCGCCCCCACCUUUACACACACGCACACACACACACACACACACACACACACACACACACACACACACACACACACACACCCACACACACACACUACACAAAAAGGCUUAAAGCUCUGAAAACCCACCCGUGUGAGUGUCAGACCACAGACAUUAGAGCAGCAGCCCCCCGUCCUGCUCGGGCACCGUUUGGACCUGGAAGCAGAACCUCUGUGAUUCUGAAGAAGGGAUGAGAUCUUAGUGGACCCCCCCACCCAGCCCAGCUGAGAUGGAAGGGGAGCAGCGAGGUUACCCACAGAGGAGUGAAAGAAUCUGCUCUCGAGAGGAGAAGAAGAGGAGGAAGACGUCCGGUCACUCCAGCAGCUCACAUGACGACCGCAGCUCGGCGAACAGCGGCCUGGAUGUGGCCGACCGGCUCACCUACCUGGAGCAGAGGAUGCAGAUGCAGGAGGAUGAAAUCCAGCUGCUGAAGAUGACUCUGGCCAACGUCCUCCAAAGGCUCAACAUCUCCAAGGAGAACCAGGUGGCUGCUGCAGGAGGCAGGAAAACGCCGGGAGCAAAAGCCCGGCCCGUGUCUCUGGCUCUGCCCUCCAGACCUCCCAUCGUGACCUCCAGUGUUGCUUCUCUGAAGAAGAGCUCCACGCUGCCCUCGGGCUCCACCACCAGGAACUACAGCCCGACGCCAUCGCGGAGCGGUGCGAGGAGCCCUUCAGGCGGUGCUAAAGACGGCACUAGAACACGACUCAACUCUGCAGCCUCGACCUGUAAGAAGAUUCCAGAAAGCAAGGAGGCUGCAGGAGGUGCAGGGACAAGGCGUGUGACGCACUGCAAAGUGACUAUGCAGAUCUAUCUGAGCCCCCUUGCAAGAAAGACUGGGUCCUCUGAGGCUGUCGGGUCUGCGGUGCCCACCGACAGGGGCCCCACGGAUGCUCCCAAUCUUAAGAAGCGGGGCAACAAGCCGGCGAUGAAGAAACCCCCGCCGUCCUUCAACUUGAACUUCCAGAAAUCCACAACCAGCACGAGCACCCAGCAGGACACGCCCAGCUACAGAAGCCCCAUCAAGUCUCCCAGCCAGUACUUUCAGAUAUGUUACUGACAAACACAAGAAACGUUACACAAAGCUAAUCUUGUA